AUGAAGUAUUUCAAUAAAGUCUUAUCAUUCCGUCAACCCAAAUCUAAGCUCCCAGCUUUGCUCAGACCACCCAAAGCAAACGAAGCUCUUAAAAAUUAUCUAAAGACACAUUCUGCUACAAGGGCUAUAGUAUUCUUCAGAAAACUUUGGAGGCAAAAUCCUUCUGCUGUGGACAGCUACUCGUCUCUGUAUGUUCUCAAGGUUUGUACUCAAGAAUCCUUAACAGUCGAGGGACGACAGUUGCAUGCCAUGGUUAAGAAGGUAGGCUUUGAACCUGUUAUUUUUCUCCAGACAUGUUUGAUAGAAUUUUACUCUAAGAUGGGGGACGUGGAUUAUGCUCGUCGUAUUUUUGAUGAAGUAUGCUGCAAGAAUGCUAUAUGUUGGACUUCUUUGAUUACUGCGUACAUUGAUAACAACAUGGCUAGGAAAGCCCUUACAAUAUUCAGGCAGAUGCUGAUGAAUAAAAUUGAGCCCGAUCAAGUUUCGCUGACUGUUGCUCUAGCUGCAUGUGCUGAUCUUGGUGCAUUGUGUGUAGGAGAGUGGAUUCAUGCUUAUACUUGUCGUAAAUAUGGGAUCAAAAUUGAUCUCUGCCUCAGUAAUGCUCUCAUUGACAUGUAUCUCAAGUGUGGACAGAUUAGAGCUGCACGCAGAUUAUUUUGUAUCUCUAGGGAAAAGGAUGUAUUUACAUGGACUUCCAUGAUUGUAGGGCAUGCACUACACGGGCAGUCUGUUGAGGCUCUUGAUUUGUUUGCACGAAUGAGACAAACUAGAAGUUCUGUCAAGGGCAGCAAACCAAGCGUGCUUCCGAAUGAUGUUACAUUCUUGGGAGUUCUUAUGGCUUGUAGUCAUGGUGGGAUGAUAGAGGAGGGUAAGCAGUAUUACAAAAGCAUGAUGGAUGACUAUGGAUUAUGGCCAAGGCUACCUCAUCUCGGAUGCAUGGUAGAUCUCUUUUGCAGAGCUGGGCUCUUGGAGGAGGCUUAUGGUUUUAUUUCGGGAAUGCUAGUUCAGCCAAAUGCACUGAUCUGGAGGAUGUUGUUAGGAGCAUGUUGUAAUCAUGGUAAUAUUGAGCUUGGUGGAAAGGUUCGGUUGCUGUUAUCCAAGUUGGAUCCAACACAUACUGGUGAUGAUGUUACCCUGUCAAACAUGUAUGCUGGAAGAGGGCUUUGGAAUGAAAAAAUGAUGGUCAGAGAUAGCAUAGGAUGUCGCAGGGUGCCUGGUUGCAGUUCAAUUGAGGUGGCAUUUGAGGUGAAUGAGUUCGUUGCCGGAGAUAAUCAUCAUCCACUAAAAGCUGAGAUCUAUAAUGUCCUUGAACACUUGAUGGGAAUAGUCAGAAGUCACAGCCAUAUUCCAGAUGCAUCUGACAUCAAUAGUUAUUGA